UUUUUUGUAUUUUGUACGUAAAAGCUAAAACUAAUCUUAUGAUAUAAAAUUUAGUAUUUACCAGAUUAAUCUACGUUUGUUACAUAAAACUACAAGUAUGAAGAAAAAGAGACCACUGAGUGAAUUACAGACCUCUAUACUGGGAGAGAAUGAGGAAAACUUAUUCACAAAUAAGCCCAUAGAAGAAGAAGAGUCAGAGAAUGAAGAAGAGAACGAAGAAAAUGUGGCAGAAGAGAGCGAGAGCGAUUAUUCUGGACUUGGUGAGGAUGAGGACUCUGAUUCAGAUGACUCUAUGUUGGGUGAAGAGGAUAGUGAUGUAGAAGAAGGGGAAGAAGUGAAUGAGAAAUCAACAGAGCCAACACAACACACAGAAGAAAAAAAGGAAACAAGCGAAGUUGUGGCAAAAAUAAAUGAAAAACUUGAGAAACAAACUGAAGAUAAUGAUAAUGACACUUCAGAUGAGGAGGACAGCAGAAACACAGUUGGUAACAUACCCAUGCAAUGGUAUGAAGACUUUCCUCAUAUUGGUUAUGACUUGGAUGGGAAAAAGAUCGCAAAACCAAUUCGAAAUAACGAUGAAUUGGAUAAAUUUCUCGAUAAAAUGGACAACCCAGAAUACUGGAAAACGAUCCAUGAUAAAACAACAGGGAGAGACCAUGUUUUAACUGAAGAGGAAUUGAGUUUGGUUAACAGAGUACAACGAGGUUAUUUCUACGAUGCUAAAUAUGACCCUCAUGAACCAUACGUUGACUUUUUCACCAAUGAAAAAAUGUUACACCCAAUAAAUAACGCCCCUGCUCAUAAAAGAAGUUUCACCCCUUCUCUGGUGGAAAAACGAAAAGUUGGCAAGCUUGUCCAUGCUAUUAAAAUGGGUUGGCUAAAAGUUGGCAAGCCUAAGCAAGAUGAUGAAGAACAAAUCAAGUUCUAUGAUUUAUGGGCAGAUGUGAAUGAUGAUAAAAAGAGCCAUAGUGAACUUGCGAGACAGAAAAUGCACAUUCCUGCACCUAAACCAGCACUGCCAGGGCAUGAAGCAUCUUAUAACCCACCCCCAGAGUAUUUGCCAACUCAAGAAGAGAUUGACCAAUGGAAAGAAGACGACCCAGAAGACCGGAAGUUUGAUUUCAUCCCCGAGAAGCACGAUGCAUUGAGAAGAGUUCCUCAAUAUCCCAAGUUCAUCCAGGAGAGAUUCGCCCGAUGCCUCGAUCUUUAUCUGUGUCCUCGUCAGAGGAAAAUGAAGUUUAACGUGAACCCUGAUGACCUUAUCCCUGACCUCCCUAAACCCCGUGACCUUCGACCUUUCCCCACCGUACAAGCUCUGUGUUACAGGGGUCAUCAAGCCAUGGUCCGUACUAUAUCGGUGGAUACUACAGGACAAUGGUUGGCAUCAGGUUCUGACGAUGGUGUAGUUAGAAUAUGGGAAGUACAAACAGCUCGUUGUGUGCGUGAACUUAAAAUAGAUGAAAAGGAAGCAAUCAAAUGUAUAUCAUGGUGUCCUAAUACCAGUGUGUGUCUUCUAGCUAUCACAGUUGACACGAAAAUUAUAAUUUUGAACCCCUACAUUGGAGAUCGACUGGUUGCCCAGGCAACCGACAGCCUCCUCCAAUCAUAUGAGCCAAAUGAGGAGGAAGAGGAGCAGAGUGGGAGCAAGAGUGAGAAGAGCAAUUCCCUCAUUCCUCCCUGGAGAUCUGUAGAAACAGGAUUAGAAUAUCAAGAUGGGUACAGGCUUGUUAUAACACAUCCAAAAGCAGUAUCCAAGGUUACAUGGCAUGCCAAGGGCGAUUACUUUGCAGCCACCGUGCCCAACAAUUCCAAUGCGCAAGUAUUCUUGCACCAACUCACUAAAAGAAGGUCUCAGAAUCCCUUCAGUAAAUGCAAGGGAGCAGUACAGAGCGUGCUGUUUCAUCCGAACCGACCUUUCUUCUUUGUGGCAACGCAGCAAUACGUACGUGUCUACAACUUAGUAAAACAGCAGCUUUCGAAAAAACUCUUGUCAAACGCAAAAUGGAUUUCAUCAAUUGCCAUUCAUCCAGGAGGUGAUAACUUGAUCGUUGGGAGUUACGACUGCCGUCUUUCAUGGUUUGACAUGGACCUAUCUUCCAAGCCAUACCGCACAAUGCGUUAUCAUAAACGCGCUAUACGUGCGUGUUGCUUCCAUCGAAAAUAUCCACUUUUUGCUUCAGCUGGUGAUGAUGGGUCAAUUGUAGUUAGCCAUGGGAUGGUAUACAGUGAUUUAAUGCAAAAUCCGCUAAUCGUGCCGGUUAAAGUACUGAAAGGUCACAAAGUAGAUCGUAACCUUGGAGUCCUGGAUUGUUGUUUCCAUCCUCACCAACCAUGGAUCUUCUCAUCCGCAGCAGAUAAUACGAUUCGUCUUUUCUCUUGAGUUUAAAGCUCAACUCUUGGGUUGUGCUGUAUACCUGUUAAAACGCUAGUUUUUCUUGGGUGUCUUAACGCCAAAAUCCGUCUUGAGUGCAAGUUUUUCUUGUGCUUUGCUAAAAAAAGCAAAAAGACGUAAUUCUGAAGCGUUUUUCCACUUUCUAGUGUGACUCGCUUAGUUUUACUGUCUCCUUGUUUAAAAAUAUUAAAAGAAUUAAUCUGCGGUCGGUA